AUGGAUGGCCAUGUGGCAUCUAAUAUCCCGUUCUGGCGGAUGGUCUUUGACCAAGGAGCUGUGACAAAAGGAAUCGCCAAUGCCUCAUACAAGGGCAACGGCACCGAAGAGGACCCUUUCAUUGUUAUUUGGCUUCCGGAUGACCCUCGUGAUCCUGUAAAGUUCAAGGACACCCUGAAGUUCAGCGUCGUCUUUCUCGCUUCAAUGGGAAGCCUGGCUAUCGCAAUGGGGUCCUCCACUUAUUCGGGGGGACUUGAAAGUAUUAUUAGCGAUUUUCAAUGUAGUCGCGAGGUGGCUAUCCUGGGAAUUUCACUCUUUGUGUUAGGUUUUGCUAUUGGCCCCCUACUGUGGGCCCCAUUGAGUGAGGCUUAUGGGCGUCGCAAGGUGCUCAGCCUCAGCCUGAUAUCCUUCACGGUGUUUACAGCUGGUACCGCUGGAGCUCAGAAUAUUUGGACAUUGAUCAUUCUGCGUUUCUUUGCAGGUAGCCUCGGGUCCGCCCCUAUGGCUGUCUCCGGUGGACUGAUAUCCGAUACAUUCUCCGCUAUUGAUCGAGGGCUUUACAGUAGCUUGUAUGCAGCAACAGCAUUCAUGGGACCGGCCCUCGGUCCUAUAGUGGGUGGCUUCAUUGCUGAGGCAGGAGGCUGGCGAUGGUGUCAAGGCUUCCAGGCGAUCUUCUGUGCUGCUUUGUGGCUGCUUCAGACCUUAUUUCUACCUGAGACGUAUGGCCCAGUGCUGUUGCGAGAACGAGCCAAAACUUUGUCAAAACUGACAGGCAAAGUGUAUCGCACUCAACGUGACGUUGAGCAACAUGCUGUUCCGACCGCUACCAGAAUUAAGACCACGCUAUUUCGUCCUUUCAUUCUAUUGUUUGGGGAACCGAUUGUUCUUUUGUUGAGUGUCUAUAUUGCUAUUAUAUACGGAACACUCUAUCUCCUCUUUGAUGCAUACCCCAUUGUGUUUCAAGACGUGCGCGGCUGGAGCCCCGGGAUUGGUGGCUUAGCUUUUCUGGGGGUACUUGUCGGUAUCCUAGGCUCUAUUUUCUACAGUGUCUCUGUGUUUUUCAGCUAUAAGAGGAAGACCCUGGUGUCGUCAGGUCCACUGCCUCCAGAAGCGCGUCUCCCUUCCACGUUUAUUGGGAGCGUACUCCUGCCGGUUGGCCUUUUCUGGUUUGCGUGGACAAAUGGCCCUUCAAUUCAUUGGAUGGCAUCAAUCGCUGCGGGUGUGCCGUUUGGAUUCGGUAUGGUUACAGUGUACAUGCCGGUUCUAAAUUACCUGAUGGACACCUACACCAUAUAUGCUGCCUCUGUCCUUGCCGGAAAUUGUCUCCUUCGGUCCUUAUUUGGAUGUAUUUUCCCUCUGUUUACAACAUACAUGUACCGGAAUCUUGGUAUCCACUGGGCAUCAUGUAUCCCAGCUUUUCUUUCACUUUUGUGUAUGCCUAUGCCUUUCCUUUUCUACAAAUACGGGGCGCAAAUUCGAAAAGGUUCCCAGUAUGCUGCAGAGGCUGAGGCAUACAGGCUUAGCCUUUUAGCCCCUAAAUUCGAAGAGAGACAGCUGAAGUUUCGAGAAGAAGAAAAGAUCAAUAAGCUGUGA